CUUCAGAGACGUCUUCCUCUCCCCUCGCGGCAAAGGGAACGUCGCGGUGGUCCUUUGAUGUCUUCGAUUCGCGAGAUGGCUUCUUCAUGCAUUCUCGGCAUCUCGCUGCUUGUCGGCACCGCUCUCCCCUCCCUCCCUGUGGUUGCCACCAGGGAGUGCUCGCCGUCGAUGGCUUUUUGUGACUCCUCCCUGGACGAGACCACACGCGUCAGGGAUCUCAUUCGCCGCCUGACCAACCCUGAGAAGCUGUUCCAGCUGACGAACCAUGGGGCAGGCAUCAGGAGGUGAGCAGGGAACGAUGGAACGAUUGAAGCACGAUUGAUGCCAUUAGAUGCAGGGAGGGAGGGAUAAGGAUGGCAUGGCAUGGCAUGCACUGCACGCGAUGAUGCCUUGGCUUGGCUUGGCUUGGCUUGUUUGUCAAGACAGGCUGGGUAUACCUGCCUUCGAGUACUGGACAGAAGCUCUGCACGGUGAGCACGUCGUCUCUCUCUCUCUACAUGGUAUUGAUGGCCAUGCGUGUGUAUCGAUCUCUCUCUCUCUCUCUCUCUGUGUGUGUGUGUGUGUGUGUGUCGGCGGGUUUUGCUCUGUCUGUCAGGGGUGGCCCAUUCCCAGGGUGUCAAGUUCGGUGGCGACUACCCUUUCGCCACAUCCUUCCCUCAGGUGAUAGACGAGACGGACACUCUCACAUCCAUCCAUCCAUCCAUCGGCCGCCCACCCCACCUGUGUGCAGGUGACGACCAGUGCGGCGUCGUUCGACCGCCACAUGUGGCGUCGGAUCGGCAGCGCCGUGUCGACUGAAGUGCGGGCCUUCCACAAUGCAGGCAGGGCGGGCCUCACUGUCUGGACGCCCAACAUCAAUGUGGUCCGUGACCCAAGAUGGGGCAGGUACAGUACGUGUGGGGGGUGGGGUGGGGUGGGGUGGUGCAGACGGACGGGCGGGCACAACACGACACACACGUGACGUGUGGCCACUGCAAAGUGUGUGUGUCUGUCUGUCUGUCUGCAGGUCGCAGGAGACCCCCGGUGAGGACCCCUAUGUCGCGUCUGUGUAUGCGGUUGAGUACGUGAGGGGCCUGCAGAAGGGCGACGACAGGCGAUACGCCAAAGUGGCAGCCACCUGCAAACACUACACCGGUGAGAGACAGGAGAGAGAGGCAGGGCAGCGGACCUGAUGCAGUCAAGUGAUUCGAUUCCUCCUUCCAACCAGCCUUGCUGUGCUGUGUGCUGUGUGCUGUGCAGCCUACGACAUGGACAGCUGGAAUGGCACCGACCGCCACCACUACGACGCCAUCGUCCACCCCAUCGACCUGGCAGAGACCUUCCUGCCGCCCUUCCAGGCCUGUGUGGAGGUCGCCGACGCCCAGUCCAUCAUGUGCGCCUACAACGCCAUCAACGGUACGCCAGCCUGCGCCAGCCACCUCUUCCAGACGGAUGUUCUGCGGGACGCCUGGGGCUUCGACGGCUUCGUCGUGAGCGACUGUGGCGCCAUCAAUGACGUCUACGGCAACCACCACUAUGUCAAGAGCCGGGCAGAGGCCACUGCGGUCUCUAUAAAGGUGGGGGGAUGAGACGGUCAGAGGGAGUGGACCUUUGUGUGUGUGUGUGUGUUGACGUACCUACAGGCUGGGUGCGACAUGUCUUGCGGCAACACGUAUGAGCUGGGGGCCGACUUUGCGUUGCUGCGGGGGUUCAUGAGAAGGAAGGAUCUGAACCAAGCUCUGGUAGGUUGCGCACACACAAACCCCACCCACCACCCACCACACGCCUGUAUGCCAUGCCACCUAUGGACGUGGAUUGGAUGCAGGAGCGCAUCUUCCGAGUGCGCAUGCGUCUGGGCCUGCUGCAGCCCGACGACACGCAGCCCUACAAAGACAUCGGCCGCUCACAAAUCGACACGCAAGAGCACAGAAACCUGGCGCUAGAGGCGGCCUCCAAGGGCAUCGUCUUGCUCAAGAACCGCGUAUCCACUCUCCCCCUCUCGCUGAAACCCGAGCAGCAGAUAGCCGUGAUCGGUCCGGCGGGCGUGGCGAGCACCACGUUGCUGGGCAACUACCAGGGCACACCGCCCUUCAUCCUGGGGCCUGCAGGCCAGACAACAGAGACAGACAGACAGACAGAUGCGGCAGAGCGAUGUGUGUAUCUGUGUCUAUCUGUCUCCCCUCUGCAGAGGGCCUCAUGAAGGUGGUGGGCGACGGGCGCGUCAAAGUGGAGAAGGCCUGCAUGGACGGGGUCAAGUGCGAGGACUACUCCGGGAGGGAGCGGGCUGUGGCGAUGGUCCAGGAGGGCGGUGUGGGAGCGGUGGUGGUGGCUGUUGGGCUGGACCUGACGAUAGAGAGGGAGGGGAUCGACCGGAAAGAGCUUACCCUCCCAGAGAAGGAGGUCAGGAUCGCAUUCGCACCCUCCCAACCAGUGGCUUGUACGGCCCCUCUCUCUCUCUCUCUCUCUGUGCGCGUGUGUGCGUGUGUGCGUGUGUGCGUGUGUGCGUGUGUGUGUGUGUGUGUUCAGGAGGCGCUGGUGAGUGACAUCGGUGCGGAGCUCAAGGCGAGUGGCAAGCCGGGUGUGUUGGUGCUGGCACUGGGCGGGCCGGUGGACGUGUCCAACAUACCGAAUGCCGAUGCGUAUGGGGCUGUCAUAUGGACUGGAUACCCCGGUAGGUGGGUACACAUACAAUAUGACACACUUACAAGUGCUGGGAAGCACAUUUGCUAUGGCGCAAAGAUGGAUGGAUGGAUGGAUGGGCGGUCAUGCAAUGCAGGUCAAGCAGGUGGUGAGGCGUUGGCUCUGAUCCUCGCUGGUAAGGUGUCGCCCUCUGGCCGGCUGCCCUUCACCUUCUACCCCGCCAAGUAUGUGCGUGAGGUGUCCAUGUUCGACAUGACCAUGCGGCCGUCACCGACCAACCCCGGCAGGACAUAGUAAGUAAAUGCCACCACAGACACGGAGAGACCACGCACACACACACACACACAGAGAGAGAGAGAGAGAGGUAUUUGUCCCUCCCUCCCUCCCUCCCUGCCUCCCCUUGAAUCGUUUCAGCAAGUUCUACAAGGACAUCAAAUCAGUGGUGGCGCCGUUCGGUUACGGCCUCUCCUACACCACCUUCUCAUACCACUUCAUCGGCGCGGCGACCGGCCUUUCCUCGCACCCCCCAUCUGCCAACGCUCUCCAGCCCUCCCUCUCCCUCUCGACGCGCCAGCUCUGCCCCCACUCGCCAUGCAGCCACGGCAGUCUCGUCGACGACGCCCAGACGGGCGUCUGGAUGGCCGUCACCGUCACCAACACGGGCGAGGUGGCCAGCGACACAUCCGUCCUGGCAUUCCUCAAACCAGGCUCUGCUCAAGGAGAGGGGGUGUCAGCGCCAAUCAGCCAGCUGGUGGGCUUCGAGCGCACGGGGGUCAUGCAGCCGGGCGAGAAGAGAACGGUCAUGGUGUUCGGGGCCAGGGAGCUGUUUGCGCUUGUGAGGGGCGGUGGGGAGAGGUGGCUGCUGCCGGGCAGUGGUGUGGUGACCAUUGGGGGCCACGCGUACUCGGGGGUGUCGGAGUGGGAUGAUAAUAAGGAUGGGGAGGGAGGCAGCAAUGGCGAAGUGGUGGCUCAUGUGCCGCUGUCUAUCACUGGGGAUGAGGUCAUGGUGUCGAGGGUGCCGUGGGCUUCCGGCCGUCGUGAGCAAGACAUCUUCCUUGACACACUCAUCUACAGCUAGGCUAGUUGGCGUUUCCCACUCACUGUGAAUGUAUGUUGUGUGUAUGGUCAUAUCAUAUGGUGUGUGGUGUAUGUGUGUGUGUGUAUCUGUGAAAAAUGACUGGCGCUCAUAGUGUGGGCAGCUAGGGCAGCUAGCGAUGGAUGCGGCCAUUGAUUGCUAAGUGUAGGUCACUUUGGAGAGCGAUGGAUGGAUGGAUGGAUGGAUCCGUGCGGUGGGUAGGGAAGACAAUGAACACGAGAACACUCUCUCUGCGACUUUGCCCACACGACUU